AUGCUCUUCUCGCUCGUUCUUCCUACCCUUGCCUUUCAAGCCAGCCUGGCGCUCGGCGAUACAUCCGUUACUGUCAACACCAGCCAGAAACUCCAGGUCAUCGAUGGCUUUGGUGUCUCAGAAGCCUACGGCCACGCCAAACAAUUCCAAAACCUCGGUCCUGGACCACAGAAAGAGGGCCUCGAUCUUCUCUUCAACACUACAACCGGCGCAGGCUUAUCCAUCAUCCGAAACAAGAUCGGCUGCGACGCCUCCAACUCCAUCACCAGCACCAACACCGACAACCCAGAUAAGCAGGCUGUUUACCAUUUUGACGGCGAUGAUGAUGGUCAGGUAUGGUUUAGCAAACAGGCCAUGAGCUAUGGUGUAGAUACUAUCUACGCUAAUGCUUGGUCUGCGCCUGUAUACAUGAAGUCAGCCCAGAGUAUGGGCCGUCUCUGCGGUACACCUGGUGUGUCGUGCUCCUCUGGAGAUUGGAGACAUCGUUACGUUGAGAUGAUAGCUGAGUACCUCUCCUACUACAAGCAGGCUGGCAUCCCAGUGUCGCACGUUGGAUUCCUCAAUGAGGGUGACGGCUCGGACUUUAUGCUCUCAACUGCCGAACAGGCUGCAGAUGUCAUUCCUCUUCUACACAGCGCUUUGCAGUCCAAGGGCCUUGGCGAUAUCAAGAUGACGUGCUGUGAUAACAUCGGUUGGAAGUCACAGAUGGACUAUACCGCCAAGCUGGCUGAGCUUGAGGUGGAGAAGUAUCUAUCUGUCAUCACAUCCCACGAGUACUCCAGCAGCCCCGACCAGCCUAUGAACACUACAUUGCCAACCUGGAUGUCCGAGGGAGCUGCCAAUGACCAGGCAUUUGCCACAGCGUGGUACGUCAACGGCGGUUCCAACGAAGGUUUCACAUGGGCAGUCAAGAUCGCACAAGGCAUCGUCAAUGCCGACCUCUCAGCGUAUAUCUACUGGGAGGGCGUUGAGACCAACAACAAGGGGUCUCUAUCUCACGUCAUCGACACGGACGGUACCAAGUUUACCAUAUCCUCGAUUCUCUGGGCCAUUGCUCACUGGUCGCGCCAUAUUCGCCCUGGGGCGCAUAGACUUUCGACUUCAGGUGUUGUGCAAGAUACGAUUGUUGGUGCGUUUGAGAACGUUGAUGGCAGUGUCGUCAUGGUGCUCACCAACUCUGGCACUGCUGCUCAGACUGUGGACCUGGGUGUUUCGGGAAGUAGCUUCUCAACAGCUCAGGCUUUCACUUCGGAUGCUGAGGCGCAGAUGGUCGAUACCAAGGUGACUCUGUCCGACGGUCGUGUCAAGGUUACGGUCCCGGUGCACGGUGUCGUCACUGUGAAGCUCACAACAGCAAAGAGCUCCAAACCGGUCUCAACUGCUGUUUCUGCGCAAUCUGCUCCCACUCCAACUAGUGUUAAGCACACCUUGGCUCACCAGAAGACUUCUUCAACAACACUCUCGACCGCCAAGGCCCCAACCUCCACUCAGACUGCCUCUGUAGUUGAGUCAGCCAAGGCGGUGAAAUACCCUGUCCCCCCUGUAGCAUCCAAGGGAUCCUCGAAGAGUGUUUCCAAGAAGGGUACCAAGAAGACCACUACGAAGAAGGGCUCCCACCAAUCGCACAAGGCGCAUAGUGCUACUCAUCGUCGAUGCCGCCAUGGAAGUUACCGUCGUGGCCACUGCACCAAAUAA